GGACCUCGGAUUAGGGGUUGCUAGCAGCAAUGUGUCCGCAACCCCCAAGCCUACAGAGGAGGCUCCCAAGGAUGCACCAGAAGCAGACACCUAGUCUGCGAAAGAACUGGUGGCAUCCAUGCUCCGAGAUUCGCCGUAUCCUGAUGUGGUCAAGGACCGGCAGCCAUCGGCAAAGAUCCCCAUAGGUGAGCCUAUUAUGCCACCUCCCUUGGAUCUGCUACCUUUUGCUUGACUUGUUUACCUGAGAGGAGUCUUCUUAAGUCCACCUCAACAAGAUGAGCCUGUGGGGCAAACUAUGUCUGAGCCCCAAAGGGACGAGGUGUCAUCGCUGGUGGUGGGGGCAGGUACUUCCGCUGCUCCAGCAGGGAGUACCCGCCACCAGCCAAAAAAAUCAAACUUGCACAAGAAAGUAUGGAGAAAUGCCAAAAAUUUGUGCAAGAUCAAAUGUCUGAGUGCCAGAAGCUCCUGGCGGAGAUGGCGGAAAAAGAGGGCUGCAAGCCCCCAGAAGGCCAAGAAGUUCUUGCUCUGAGAGAGCAAGUGUCCAAGCUCGCAGUGGACAAAGAAGCUCUCGAGGAGAGGGUUACAUCGCAGCUUGCGAAGCAUAAGGAUUGCCACAAGAAACAGAGAGAACUCCGAAAAUCAUUAAAGAUUCAGGAGAAUCUGGUGUUAGAUUUAAAGCUUCUUAUGUACCGUCGCACAGAUGAAAUCGAGAAGCUGCAGAAGAUGAAAGCCGACUACGACGUGCAGCUUGUUGAAAUGUUUCAACAGGUCAAGGAUUUGUCAGAAUCCAGGGCCUCGUUGUAGCAGGAACUUGAUGAGCUAAAGGUCGCGGCCCAAGCUAUUGUGGACAUGGUGGACAUCUCCGAGGAGGAUGUUGAAGCACCACUAUCCUUGGUGGAACAACUACGAAAAGUUCCACAAGGUAUCAUGAAGUACCUCUCGGAGACCACCUGGCAAUACGUGUCUCACGUGCUCGGGUUGGUGAAGUCCUACUGGCCACAAGUGAACCUGGCUCCACUUGGUGAAGGCAUGAACCCUGAUUCCGAUGAAGACAAGUUUGUCGGGUUCCUCGGGGAAGUCAAGCCUGUAGCUGACAGGAUAGUCGACAGCUUGGAGCAGGAUGCCUGAGUCUGGCCGUAUUUGAUGUAAAAUCUUGCUGUGAGAUAUUGUUUGGUCAUCUGUGCAUCAAACGAUUUCUGUUAUGUACAAAUUUCAGUUUUGAUUUGUACUAAGUCAUGAUGCUUGAGUGUU